UCAGCUUCGUAUCUUGUAUCCCAGGCUAAGUGUGGACGUGUGAAUCCAGCCACUAUAGCUUAAUCAAGAAACCAUGAUUAGUUAUGCAUUGGCGUAAUGUGCGAAUUCAGCCACUCUCUCAAAGUUCAGAAGAGGAAAGUCCAGUAGGAAACAGGUCCACAGCCAAAUCUGGAACCGGGACCCUAAGCUUCCCCUUUGGGGCAAACGACCAAUAGAAUCGGGCUAGCGGGAGGGAGAAGCACGUUCCCUGGAAACGGCAUGGAUGGGUCGGCCGGAGGAGUGUCCUUCUCAUUUUCCCCUCCCCUCCUCUGGAAGCCUGCAACGCCAACCGCGUGCAAUCGCACCGACUAAACGUCCGCCUCUUGUAUACAGAGAAAAAGAUGGAGGGAGGGAAAACCGGGUCUGGCCUGCCCCUGGGGCGGGGCGGACUGGAAGACAACAGCCCGAGCUCGACAGAAGAAGCAGCUCGCUGCCGGAGGAAGCCGCGCCGAGUCCCGCGAAGCAAUUUAGUUCUCUUGGAAUUUGGCUCACAGGAUAUCCAUGUUAUAUUGAUAGAUGCACCAAAGGACAGGGAGCCCUGAAGAUCCUUUUUACAUUUCUCUCAUGCUGACCUUCUGCAAACCGUUUGAGCUGUUCUGUAAGACGAAUGAUGAAUCUGUUUGGUCUAUGGUGGACUGCAGCAUGGAUAGGGGCAUACAGGACUGAAAAUGGAAAAGCAUAGGUUUCUAACCGGAAUGGCGGCAGGAGCCAAAAAGCAAAUGGAUGUCCAUGAGGAGCCUUGUCUCUCCUCAGCUGGAGCUUAAUGGAGCUGGGAAUAUGGUGAACUGCACUGUUAAAACAGAAGAGAAGAACGAAAGCCACUACAAGUUGACCCAGGACGAGGCUCCUUGCACAUCACCUGGCUCCAACAGUCCCAGUAAAUCACCCUUGCCACCGGGUGACUUUGUUGAUCCCCUAAUUCUCCCACAGGAAUCUGAACCUCCAGUGGACAAGGCAUCAGAUUCCAGGAACCCUGUGCUGGAGCCUGCAGUUGGCAACCAGGAAAAAUUGGAUUUCAAUAAAAAUCUAAGAGAAGUGAUGCCGACCAUUGAGAAGUUAUUGUCCAGUGAAUGGAAAGAGAGACUUCUGGGGAAAAGUCCUAUGGAAUCCAAAGAAGUAAAAGGAACCCAAGAAAGCUUGGCAGAGAAAGAAUUACAGCUGCUGGUCAUGAUUAACCAGCUGUCCAUCCUGAGGGACCAGCUGCUGACAGCCCAUUCAGAGCAAAAGAACAUGGCAGCUAUGCUGUUUGAGAAGCAGCAACAACAGAUGGAGUUGGCCAGGCAACAGCAAGAACAGAUUGCCAAGCAACAACAACAACUUAUCCAGCAACAACACAAGAUCAACUUGCUGCAGCAGCAGAUCCAGCAGGUCAACAUGCCCUAUGUCAUGAUUCCAGCCUUUCCUCCCAACCACCACCCUCUUCCUGUCACUCCAGAGUCUCAGAUGGCACUUCCUAUCCAGCCAAUUCCAUGUAAGCCAGUGGAAUAUCCUAUGCAGCUGAUUCAUAGUCCAUCUCCUUCAGCAUUGAAGAGACCUGCAAGCUCAGGCCACCUACAAAUCCAGGAAUCUUCACAGCCACUGAACUUAACAGCAAAGUCUAAAGGCUCUGAAUCCCAUAAUGCCUCCAGCACACCUAGUUUAAAGAUUAGUAGCAGUCAGUCCCUCAGUGGUGUUUCUCGGGAGUUGCAGACCAGCCCUCCCAGCCUUCCAGUGGGAUUCCUUGGAGAGGGAGAUGCUAUAACUAAAGCAAUACAAGAUGCUCAGCAACUUCUGCACAACCAAAGCAGAGCUCUAGAUGGUUCUCCAAAUCAUCCAUACAUUAAGGAUCAUACCAAUUUGGAUUCUUCACCUGGAAAAGAACAGAUGGAUGAGUCAUCUCUUCAGAGACUGGAUGAGUCUCUACUAACAUGUGAAAGCGAUGGCUCACGGCAUUUUCCUGAGUCCAGGAACAACAACCACAUAAAGCGCCCCAUGAAUGCUUUUAUGGUGUGGGCCAAGGAUGAAAGACGUAAAAUUUUGCAAGCUUUCCCAGACAUGCACAAUUCAAGCAUCAGUAAGAUUCUAGGAUCCCGAUGGAAAUCCAUGUCUAAUCAGGAGAAGCAGCCUUAUUAUGAAGAGCAAGCACGGCUCAGCCGCCAGCAUCUGGAGAAGUAUCCCAAUUACAAGUACAAGCCCCGCCCCAAACGCACCUGCAUUGUGGAAGGGAAGCGGCUUCGUGUUGGCGAAUACAAGGCACUGAUGAGGAAUCGGCGCCAGGAUGCCAGGCAGGGCUACCUGAUUGCACCCCAAAGCAGCCAGAUGCCACCUUCCUCUUCGGAUCUCAUGUACCAGCGAUCAGUUGGGAUUCAGCUAGCUCCACCACUGAUGGAUCACUACUUGUCCCAUGGCAUGGAACCAAACAUGCCAGUCAUAGUGAACACAUGUAGUCUGAAGCCAGAGGAAGGGGAUGGGGCAGAGGACAGUCAUUCAAUGCCUGAUGGGGAGAUGUACCACUACAGUGAAGAUGAGGAUUCUGAGGGCGAGGAGAAGAGUGAUGGCGAGCUAGUGGUUCUCACAGACUAAUGUCACAAGAAGCGAGCAAGUAUGGAAAAUAUGGACAAGCCUUUGUCCUCUUUCCAACCUGGAACAAUUAAAGGCAUUGGAAGAAACAAGGGGGAGGAGCUUGUUAAAGUGGAAAUGGACACGGAGCAGAGGAACAAUUCUUUAUGCCACCAUCUGUGGUAUUGGUAGAGUUUAUUUCCCAUCCAUUUAUCUUCUGUGGAAAGGGAGGAAUUUUUUUCUUUGACCUGCUGAAUUUACGCAAGGAAAUUGAACAUGAAUUGACUACGAAUCUUGUAACAAAUCUGGUAUUUUUUCUUACUAAGGUCAGAACUCCUGUUAAUGAUAUCCCAAAUCUUCACUAAAUUUAAAUAAGGGGGAACAAGGUAUUAUGGAGUCACUAAAGGAUGAAGAAUGAUAAUUGAAAUACCGAGCAGAUUUCAGAACCUAUAAUGUUUGAACCCAUCUUCCUAGCAGCUCAGUAGUUAUGCUCUCAGGAAUGAAAGUUUGACUGGAAAAAGCUUCCUCCUUCCAAUCGCAACUGUAUGUAUAUUUUGUGUAGUGUUCAGUUGGGUUGGAGUUGGGGCAAAUGCUCUGUGGCUGGGUAGCAAUUAUGUCUCUCAUUCGUUUUCUCUACGGCUUUUUUUCCUUUCCCCAAAAAGCUGAUGUGAAAGCUUACUUUACCAGUAGCCAAACAGAGGCUUCACCUGUUUACAACCUGGCCAGCUGCAUCAGCUUAUAUUAGCCACCCAAUCACUAGCAUUCAACCAACAUUUGGGGAGCCUUUUCACUUUCCUUAAGUGAAACAUCUGGGUGGAACGCUUAUUCCCCCUUCAUUCCGGAUUUCAACUAGUUCUGCCUUUUCCCCCACUCUAAUUUCAUUUGUCUUGUGUGUGUUUGUUUUUUCCAUUCCCACUGGCCCUGCCAAUAAAUUCCCAUGGAGCCAUUUUUAGCUCUGGACUUGAAUGAAUAGCAACUGAGGUCUCGAAGGGCCGCCUUUACCCUUGGCAGCCUUGGCCCAACUUAUAAAUUAAGCCAUGGCCUGUUUCCCUCCUACCCUUGUUUGCUUGCCAAUUCUCAGUACACACAGGAUGCCCUGCAGCAAUAGAAAGCUGACUUGAUGUUUAAGGGAUAAAAUGUGAAGUUUCUGAGGCAAUCUUUCCAAAAUUGUUUCCCUACGAGGGUAAUAGCUUUUUCAUGCCCACCCACUAAAGCACCAAAGGUGCAUGAUGGGAAUUAUAAUCCAACAUACCUGAAGGGCACCUUCUUCAAAAAACUAUUCUGAAACAUCUGUGAAGGAAUAGAAAUUCUUUUAAAUGGAUACUUUAAUUGAAUUAGUCUAAUGAUGCUGUAGUACAGGGUAGGAAACCUGCAUCCUUCUAGUUGUUCGGAGUUAUAAUUCAUGAGGAAUAGGAUGUUAUAAUUCAGCAACUUUAAAGGGUUUGUCCACUUUUGUCACACUAGUUUAUUGAGCCUCUGGUAGGCUUCAGUAUACUUGUAAAUUCAUUUUUCCCUACAUUGAACUCAAUACUCAUAGUUUGCAGUAUAAGUAUUUGUUUGCUUACCAUGCUCAAAUCAUCCAAGUUGCGUGUAUAAUGUAUUCGAGUGGCUUCUUUCAUCUCCUUCUUACUCUAUCCUUUAGUGGCAUUAGUGAAAGCAGCAGUCUUGCCCUGGUUUAAAUUAGCUAAGUGUUCUUGGUUAAUGAUAUACCAGUGGCUAGCUUCAGUACAUGGAAGAACAGUGUUGAGAGAGGCACAGAGGAUGUACAGGAUCAUGAUAUACAUAUGCAGUUGUGUCUCUGGUGUAUUAAUUAUGUACAUUUGCAUACAUUUUACAUAUUUUGCUCCUAUCCCUUUUAGAUAGUCCUUUAAAUAUUUUUGUACACUUCCACUGGAUUUAAAUCUCAGCAUGGGAAUCUUUUUAUUUUCUACUGUCAGAAGUUGUAAUGUCACUGAGAAACUAAAUUAGGCAUUCUUAAAGUAAACAUGCCAUUCUUCAUUUUUUGACAAAUUCCCUUUUUUGUGUUAGGGUAACCAAGCUAUUAAUACAACACACUGAUCUCCACAAUUUGAGAUCAGAUAUGAGAUCAUGGAAGAAAUUUAGCCUUGCCCACAUGAUUGUAUCAUGCCCAUUGCCAGGUGAAGCAUAACAGUAUGUGCACAUGCAGAGAUGGUAAAUUACAACCCUAUUUGUCAUUUAUGGCAGAAAAGUAAGGAUUGAUAAUACCAUAUACACUGUCUGGAGUCACCCUUAGUUUAAUAUUACAAAAAGCCCACUAGCAUCUCUUUUGUACUCCAUUUCAGUACAUAUGACAAAAGAUCACUAUUUUUUUGCAUUUUUGAUAACUGGGAGGUGAUUAAGAAUGAGAUACAUAUCUUACAUUUUACAGAGGAUUUAUGCACCUGUUUCAUUCCUUACAAACCCUUGAAUAUUGGUUCCUAAUGUCACUAUCUUUAAAAAUGCGGUCCUUCAUAAGUCUGCCAAAGCUUAUUGCAAGAAGUUGACAAAAGUUGCAUGCUGAGCAUGCAAAACAUUUUUCUUGCAACAGAAGAGUAUAAUUGUCACUCUGAAAUUUGAUCUUAGUGGGUAUAAUCUCAUCACAAUUUAGUAUCACUGUGUGAUGACACUACACUGCACCUGAGGUAUAUCUGGAUAGAAUCUGGGAGUUCUGUUUUUGUUUAUGACAAACAAAACUCUUGUCUGGCAUUCUUUCAUGACAGCUUUUAUUAUUUCAUUACAUUAUGUAUGACUUAUGUCCCUGACUAGCUUAAACAAGUCCAAACUACUUGUAGCUGUCCAAUUUAUUUUUCUUUAUUCUAACUUUAAAAAGAACAAAAAUGCAAUUAUAUCUUCUAGGGAGGAAGUGAAUCACUUAGUUUAUGUAUAAUAAGCAUUAUGAGAAUGGGUUACACCUUUUUUUGAUCCUGGUGCCCUCUAGCUGUGUUAGAUUACAACUCCCAUCCCUUCCAACAUCUUGAUGGGCAAGCAUCAUGGAGUUAUAGUCUAGCACCUUGAGAGCAUCAAGAUAGGCUUUGAUCUAUAUUGUUCCCUGUUCCUUCAGUUUUUCAUAAUGCUAUCCCUUUCUACUGUGCUUUAGCAACUGGCUGCUGCUUUAUUUUUGUUUUGUUUUAAAAAGUCUGUACAUAUAGAUAGAGCUUUAUUUUGUUAAUAAGACUAGUAACUUAACCUGUAUAUUUCAAUACUCUUGUUUAUAAAGGGUUUUCCUUUUCUUGGUACAAUAAAGAUGUUUUGGAACAGA